UAUUCAAAAGAUUCUUUAGAUGUCAAGGUAUCUUCUGAAAAUAUAUGCGACUCUCAAGAUAUCUUGAAUUCCAAAAAUGAAACAUCUAAAGAUAUCUUAGCUUCAUAUUUGAAACCUGAAGAUAAAUAUAAAUCUGAAGAUAUCUUGAAAAAUUACUUGGUUCCUGAAAAUAAAAUUUCUGAAGAUGUCUUGGCAUCAUAUUUGGAACUUGAAAGUUAA